GUAAUACAUUUGUUUGACUAUAUAACAAGCACCAAAAAUUCAUAAGUUACUUUUAUUUCUUCAAUAUUCUCUUGUAUUAUUUAGCAGAAAAAAACAAAGUCCCUUGACAAAAUAAAAUCUUGAAUUCAUCAAAAACAAAAAAUUCAAUUUUGUGGAGUGACAGGAUUUUCUCCAAAGGUUUCAUCGUCAACUCUAUAUAUGUAUAUUAUAUAUACGAUAAAAAUUGAUGAAGGCUGUCUAGCUCCACCCCUGGAGUAGUUAUUCAUGUUUCUUCUUCAUGAUUUUGUUUGUUAUGACAUUCGAUGUAUCUGCUGAAAACCUCUGAGACAUUGUGACUAAUUUUAGCGCGGACACAUCGAUAACUUGGAACAGUUGUGCAGCAUCUUAGCUGAUUUGAAGAGAGCACGUCACUGAUCCCCCCGAGAUGCAAGCAUCGCAGAGACCUCAAUCAUCAGGCGGAGUUCACAAGUUGUACCAUCAGCCAACUGCGAAAGUUGAGCAAUAUUAUAGCCCUUACAAUGUAGUUAACAACAAUUCCAACGAUACUAGCAGCUCCGGGACACAGCACUCUUAUCAGACACAGAAUGAACAGUUUUUCACUCUGGACUCACUGCCUGAUGCUGGUUACGUCAUCUAUGAUUCGCCUCCUGCUUUAAGUGUCUCGUCCAACUGGAGUCCCUUCUCUCCUCAAUGUACUCAGUCGUACAUCUCCGAUCAGCAUCAUUCCUCGGACAACACUAACGGCUCACCUUUGAGCGGGUGUUCGGUAGUUAAUGACGGCAAUGAACUGAAGCAUGUGCUAAGGGAGAUGGAGAAUAAUUUGCUAGGGCCAGAUUCUGAUAUUGAUGAAGACAGCAGUUGCUCUUUUAAUGAUGAGGUCUCAAAACCUUCAAAAUGGAAUCGAUUAUUGGAAAUAGCGCCCAGCUUAGACAUGAAAGAGCUGCUCGUUGCGUGUGCUGAAGCAGUAUCGGAUGGUGAUUUCUCAGUUGCAGAAGCUUUGAUGAAUGUCCUAGAGCAAAAGGUAUCUGUUUCGGGGGAACCUAUGCAGCGAUUGAGCGCAUACAUGUUGGAAGGGCUCCGAGCAAGAUUAUUUUCCUCGGGAAGUAUCAUAUACAAAAAGCUCAAGUGCAACGAACCAACUAGUUCAGAAUUGAUCUCUUACAUGCAAGUCCUCUAUCACAUCUGCCCUUACUACAAAUUCGCUUACACGUCUGCCAACGUUGUGAUCGAUGAAGCCAUGAGGAAUGAGAACAGAAUCCAUAUAAUUGAUUUUCAAAUUGCACAAGGAAGUCAAUGGAUGUUCCUCAUGCACAAUCUUGCUCGUCGACCUGGUGGACCACCAUUUGUUCACAUCACAGGUGUUGAUGAUUCCCAAUCGGCUCAUGCACGCGGUGGAGGACUUCAUCUAGUAGGUGAAAGGCUAUCAAAAUUUGCUGAAUCAUGUGGAGUGCCUUUUGAAUUCCAUGCUGCUGGGAUAUCGGGCUGUGAGGUUCAGCUGGAAAACAUUCAUAUUAGACACGGAGAAGCCUUGGCAGUGAACUUCCCGUAUGUGCUGCACCACAUGCCAGACGAGAGUGUAACCACUGUGAACCAUCGAGAUCGUCUACUAAGACUAGUUAAGAGCUUGUCUCCGAAAAUUGUCACCCUUGUUGAACAAGAAUCUAACACCAACACUUCUGCUUUCCUUCCAAGAUUCCGUGAAACUAUGGAUUACUAUACAGCAAUGUUCGAGUCAAUUGAUGCAGCUCGCCCGAGGGAUGACAAGCAGCGGAUCAGCGCAGAGGAGCAUUGCGUGGCACGAGACGUUGUCAACAUAAUAGCAUGUGAGGGUGCUGACAGAGUGGAAAGACACGAACUUUUUGGAAAGUGGAGUAUGAGACUUAUGAUGGCUGGAUUUACUCAAUGCCCCUUGAGUCCAUCAGUUGGCGAAGCCAUCACCGGCGUGUUGAAAGACUUCAGCCCAAAUUAUCGACUUGCAGAGAGCAAGGGCACGCUUUAUCUUGGAUGGAAGAACCGAGCUUUGGCGACUUCGUCCGCUUGGAGAUGACUGCUUCUGAUAUGUUACUUUUUCAGAAGGCUAAACGAGUGUAUCGUUAGCCUUUAUUAGUUUUCGAUAUGUAGGACAAACCGAAAAUCGUAGGCGUGUACAUGUCAACAUUGGAAGGAAAAUAGUGAACUUUGAAAUAGAAUUUGUGUUCUCACUUUUAGACAUAAAUUUGCAGAAAACAUCUAAACAAAUUAAGACAUUUGGAAUAUUGUUGUUGUUCUCUUUUGCUGCUA